AAAAUGAUGAAGGACAACAACCUGGUGCGGCACCUGGACGCCUGCGAGACCAUGGGCAACGCCACGGCCAUCUGCUCGGACAAGACGGGCACGCUGACCACCAACCGCAUGACGGUGGUCCAGGCCUUCGUGGGGGGGUCCCACUUCAGCCCCCCCCCGGCCGCCGCCGCCCUGGCGCCCCCCACGCUGGACCUGCUGGCCCAGGCCAUCGCCAUCAACAGCGCCUACACCAGCAAGAUACUGCCCCCCGAAGCCCCCGGGGCUCUCCCUCGCCACGUGGGCAACAAGACCGAGUGUGCCCUGCUGGGGCUGGCGCUGGCCCUGGGCCGCGACCCCGAGGCCGAGCGGGCGCAGGUGCCCGAGGAGCACCUGGUCAAGGUGUUCACCUUCAACUCGGAGCGUAAAUCCAUGAGCACGGUGACCCGCCGGCCCGGGGGGGGCUACAGGCUGCUCUGCAAGGGAGCCUCCGAGAUGGUGCUGCGCAGGUGCAGCUCGAUGCUGGACGCGGGGGGGGCCCCGCGGGCGCUGGGGGGCGCGGAGCGGGAGGAGCUGGUGCGGCGCGUGGUGGAGCCGAUGGCGGCGGGGGGGCUGCGGACCCUCGCCCUCGCCUUCCGCGACUUCCCCGGCCGGCCCGAGCCCCCCUGGGACGACGAGGCCGCGGUGGUCGCGGAGCUCACCUGCAUCGCCAUCGUGGGCAUCGAGGACCCCGUGCGGCCCGAGGACGGGGACAGGUGCGUGUGGCAGGUGCCCGAGGCCAUCCGGAAGUGCCAGCGCGCGGGGAUCACGGUGCGGAUGGUGACAGGUGACAACCUGGACACGGCGCGCGCCAUCGCGGCCAAGUGCGGCAUCCUCCCCGCGGGGGGCGGCGGCGACUGGCUGUGCCUGGAGGGGAAGGACUUCAACCGGCGCAUCCGCAACGACCGCGGCGAGGUGGAGCAGGAGCGCCUGGACAAGGUGUGGCCCAAGCUGAGGGUCCUGGCGCGGUCAUCGCCCACCGACAAACACACCCUGGUGAAAGGGAUCAUCGACAGCACCAUCGGGGACCAGCGCCAGGUGGUGGCUGUCACCGGCGAUGGCACCAACGACGGCCCCGCCCUCAAAAAGGCCGACGUGGGGUUUGCCAUGGGCAUCGCAGGUACGGACGUGGCCAAGGAGGCCUCGGACAUCAUCCUGACCGACGACAACUUCUCGAGCAUCGUCAAGGCCGUCAUGUGGGGCCGCAACGUCUACGACAGCAUUGCCAAGUUCCUGCAGUUCCAGCUCACCGUCAACGUGGUGGCCGUCAUCGUGGCCUUCACCGGGGCCUGCAUCACACAGGACUCUCCGCUGAAGGCGGUGCAGAUGCUGUGGGUGAACCUGAUCAUGGACACCUUGGCCUCGCUGGCGCUGGCCACGGAGCCGCCCACGGAGGCGCUGCUGCUGCGCCGGCCCUACGGGCGCGACCACCCGCUGGUGUCGGGCACCAUGCUGCGCAACAUCCUGGGCCACGCCGCCUACCAGCUGCUGGUCAUCUUCACCCUGCUCUUCGCCGGGGAGGUGCUGUUUGACAUCGACAGUGGCCGCGCUGCCCCACUGCACGCGCCGCCCUCGGAGCAGUGCUGUCCCCAUGGGUGUCCCCAUGUCCCCAGGGGUGUCCCCAAGGGUGUCCCCAAGGGUGUCCCUGUGGGUGUCCCCAUGUCCCCUGUCCCUGUUCCCACAGAGGAGGUGCUGUUUGACAUCGACAGUGGCCGCGCCGCCCCGCUGCACGCGCCGCCCUCGGAGCA